CAAAAGUGUUUUAACUUUGUUACUGACGUCGGGUACAUCGACGGACACAUCUUUCUCCUCAGCCGGCGGGGCCAAGUCCGUCUGUGCAGCAGCAUUUUGUCAGGAGGGAUUCAGAGUUGGAAUCAUUAUUCUCGGAUGAGAAGAAUCUGAGUAGGAGAAGGGGAGUCCAAUCAGCUCGCGAGGCGACAAGUGGGGCAUUCGGGGUCGGAUUCAAGGCGGCUGGAGGCGAGCGCAGAGGGACGCAUUUCUGAGCAGCAGCGCCCCAUUCAUUGCGAGGUUCAGCUGUUGUUAGGGUUUAAGGAAGGGAGGAGGGCUUUGAGCUUUGACUGAGCUAAAGAAGAAGGAAGCUCACAGCUGCUCCAUGGAAGCAGAGGGAGGACUGGAGGUGGCGAUGAGAUGAGAUGAGAUGACGAUGACGAUGACGACCACUGCAGCAGAAAGAGGAAGUGGGCCGGCCGGCGGUUCAUAAUAAAACAUGUUUAGCCGGCUGGGCUUCGUAUAGAACCGCCAUUAGCAGGUUUCCUUUCACCGAACUGAAGCUGAAGCAGACCAGACUGAGAAGUGAGACCGACCAGCUCCACCUCCUCCGUCUCCCCUCCCCAUCAAUGGUGAUGGUGAAGGUGAACAUUCCUCCUUCCUUCGAUCGCCUCACCAGGAAAACCCUGAUUCUGAUUCCGAAAACCUUCCGCCGCGUCCUCUCCCAUUCAAUAUCUGAUGCAGCCGCCGCAGCAGCAGCUUACGACCCCCCAUUCACCCCCAAACCCCAAAUUAAGCCUAAGCCCCAUGAGAAGAAGAUGAAGACGACCAAGAAGGAGAAGGAUCCCAAGCCCGGUCCUGUGAAGUCGGACCUGCCCUUCGAUUUUAGAUACUCCUACUCCGAGACUAAUCCCGCAGUCCAGCCCAUCGGGUUCAGGGAACCGCCGAGGUUCUCCCCUUUCGGCCCAGGACGGCUCGACCGCAGGUGGACGGGGACCGAGGCUCCGGUCCAGGUGGAGGUGGACCCACAGGAGGUGGCGGAGCAGAGGAGUCGGGUACUCGGGGAUCCGCUCUCAGAGGACGAAGUCGCAGCGCUCGUGGAACAGUAUCGCCACAGCGAUUGCAGUCGCCAGAUCAAUCUCGGGAAAGGUGGAGUUUCUCACAACUUGUUGGAUGAUAUCCACAACCACUGGAAGAGGGCCGAAGCGGUGAGGAUCAAGUGCCUUGGAGUCCCGACCCUCGACAUGGACAAUGUCUGUUUCCACCUCGAGGACAAAUCCAGCGGAAAGAUCAUCUACCGGAACAUCAAUAUCCUUCUUUUGUACCGAGGUCGGAAUUACGACCCCAAGAGCAGACCUGUGAUACCUCUCAUGCUCUGGAAGCCUUAUGCACCAAUAUAUCCGAAGCUUGUGAAGAAUGUGGUCGAAGGAUUAACCUUCGAAGAGAUGAAGGAACUGAGAAACAGGGGACUUAACUGUGCCCCUUUGAUGAAGCUGACAAGGAACGGCGUGUACGUCAAUGUGGUGGAGAGAGUGAGGGAGGCAUUCGAGAUGGAAGAGGUUGUGAGGCUGGACUGCAAAUAUGUCGGCACGAGCGACUGCAAAAGGAUCGGUGUGAAGCUGAGGGAUUUGGUUCCUUGCGUCCCCAUCCUGUUCAAGGAUGAGCAGAUCAUUCUCUGGAAGGGGAAGACGGAUCAAAAGCCCGUGUCUGAUGAGUAACUGGUUUUCUGUGUUAAAAGCAUCUGAGGACUCGGUUCUUAUUUCCAAGUGGUACAGUGUCUACUCUGCACAUUGAGCAAGCUCGUUAUAGACAGUUAUGAAAGGAGAAAUAGCAGUUCACUAUCUGAUACUCUGAUCAGUUUGGGACAUGGCAGGGUUUGAGGUGAUCUUUUGUGGGAUCCUACGUGCGAAAACAACAGAUACUCUUGCAAUUUUAUUGACAUGCUUCCCUCCAGGAGGUUGGAGCAUUGAUCCUUACACGAGCUCAACCUGAUCCAGUAUUAUGAUGGUUCUAAUUCAUACGAUCUGCACGAGUAAUUGCUGCAAGCUGCAACUUAUUAAGACUUGAUAUCGACAUAACUUCAUCUCGAUUCGGCAAAGGGACUACCAUCAGUUCUUGAUGUUCGGGUGCUUGUGGACCUUCAUUAUGUUUUGCAUUGGCAGCGGCUGAUAAAAUAGGUAGCUACAAACUCCAGUGUGUGAUAGAACAUAAUCAUACUUGUGCUUUGCUGGUUCCAUGUAGGGCGGUGUCGUCAGUAAGUUGUUAUGAGGCUUAUCGAGCAGAACCUAAAGCUUGUGUGUUCUGACAUGCUUGCGACAUUUCUACCCGGAAAUGCUCUCUCUAUGCUUCGCCUUGGUGUGGUUUUCCAGAAUCGAUGUCUCUGAAACUGGGAAAGCAGCACCGUGCAACACGCAAGAAUAGCUUGUUCGUCCAUUCUAGCAAGAAUAACUUCUUGGUGCUUCCAUCUUUCGAACUGACUAGUGAAAAAUUUUCUC